ACUCUCACAUCUUGUCUAUAGUUCCUAAAAAUAACUAAUCAAAUAACGGCAAAUAUUGACUGCGAUGAAAAGUACUCUUCUUUACGUAUGACUCUAAAACAUUUGCUAAAAUUAUGGCCAACAAUGAGAUUACUUUAGUUUCAUAUACGUGACUUGCAUUAUCCGAGGCAUUCACAAAUCCACGUGCAUCAGAUUACCACCCCUUAUUUUUCUUGUCUACAAAUAGUUAUCUUAUUCUUUAUUUACAAUUAGUACUAUAUACCUACAUAUCAACAGCUCAGCCAUUUGAUUUUUCGUACGAGGAGAUUCUGUCGGUUAGACCAAAUUUGGUGUCACAAAACCUAUGGUACCCAUUGGCCAUUGCAUAUUUCCAUUACGUUUUGCAAACUUAUCCUUAUCUUAAUAUCCUUGAAAUAAUAACCGGGGAUAAAGUUCAAAGAAUAAUAGGAAUAAUACUGAUAACUGUUGAUAUAUAAACUAAACAAACUUUCGUUUUAUAAAAACGAACUUAACAACUAAAUUGCAUACGUUCAAAAUUGUAUUUACUAUCGUUAUGCAUGCAUAUAUGUAUUAUUUUCUAAAAACGGUAGUUAAAAUAAAUGCGCCAAAUAUAUAAAAUAUAAUAUGAUAUAUGUGUUUUACGAUAUAAUUUAAUUUAUGGUUUGCGUAUGCAUGUAUCUGUCUGUUUACGGGUAAGUGUCUUGUAUGAAGGCCUAAUUUGAGCCAUGUGAUUUCUUUGUUGAGGCAAAUUUUGGCAUAUCGACAAGAGGACCAUAUGAAUCGACUGUUCUCGUAUUCCCUGCAUUAUUGCAACUAUUUUAUAAACUAUUUUCUUGGAAUAAUAAGAGUUCAUAUUUUGUACCGCACUGUCACGCCAGCUAGAUGAAUAUACCAGGAAUCUUUCGAUCCUUUUAAAAAAAAAAAUCCUAUUAAUUUUCCGACCUAAAUAAAAGAGAUACUGAUCCUUGUGUUUUUUGACUAAAGAUACUGAUCCUUGUUGGAUUAUAAUAUUACAUGAACCAUGAAAUACGUGACCUCUUUGCUAGAUUGUAUGUGCAAGUUUUUUUAAUAAAGGUUAGCCAAUUCUUAUGAUACAUAUGUCAUGUGCUAUAGAUUGUUCAGCGCCUCGUACUAGAAUUCAUAUUCAUAUGUUUUUUUUCUUAUCAAGUGUUGUUACCGAUUCGAAUUUUAAAUAAAAUGUUUUGAAAGUUGAUUAAUCCAAAAAAAAAAUUGGUGUAUAAAAGUGAUCUCACCUCUUUAUCAAGAAUUUGAGUGGCAGAAUUUUUAGUAAACUCUCAUUUUGCCACUAGCCCAACAGCUCAUUGGUGUAUCCAAUCUUUAUCGGGUCUACAACUAUAUUUUAUGAACUCAUGUACAGCUACGGUUUUCUUUUUCUUUUGGCAUCUAACUACAGUUUCUUCUUUAUAUAACUAAAAACCAUUUAUCUAAUAUUAAUUCUUUGUAAAGUAAGAUAUUGGUAUAAUACACUAAAAAUAACAGUUAUCUUGCAUUUAUAACACACGUGACGACAAUUAUAUACUUAAUUAUGUCAAUCUAUAUAGAGCAAAUUUGCCAAAUAACAUACUGCUAAAAGUACAAAAAGAAUAUUUAAUUGCCCCCAUUAAUUUUUUCAUGAAUAUGAAAACCUCUCACGAAUAUGAAAAUAGACUAGUAACUUAUAUUCAGUCAUCUCAAUCUUUGGAUACAAGGAAGCCGUCGGUUUCCGACAAAAAGAAGCCGGCGGUCCGAAAAUACUUCCCAUGAUCUUUUUUGUUUGCAUUAUUAAUCGAAUCCAUAUGUUUUCUGUAUAAUUACACGUGUACGAUAUCUAAUUGAUAUAAUACCAUUAUACAAGAAAAUCAAAUCAUAAGAAUGUGGACAUGAUUACGUUAGAAAAGUCGUGAUCGGUUGGGAUUACGUUACAAAGAUGCCUCGCUUAAACUUAAAGAUCGACCUUUAGGUUUGGAGUUUUCUCCGCUUUCCUAAUCCUUCCAAACCCUAGUUUUUAACUAUAUAUCAAUCACAUGUUCACAACAUAAUAAUGUAAGAUUAGUUAUUUAGGUCCAAAACGUUAGGCAAUGUAAAUAUUUUGAUGGCCGUCCAAAAAGAAAAACAAAACUAUACCUAAGAGCACCAUUAGUGGUGUAGUAUCUCCACAAACUAUCUAGUUAAUUUAAUAUUCACAUUGUUUUUCUAUGUAAUUAAAAUUAAAGAGAACAAAAACAACCAUAUAUUAUCUGCUACCCGAGGGAUUAAGUCCAUUUUCACCGCAUUUCUUUAAGAAGGUACGAUUUUUUUACUAUACAGUUUUUCUUUCUAUAUUUCCUAAUUUUUAAAUUAAUUUAAUUAUUAGAGAAUUGUGGGAAGAUACCACCGCUGUUCCUGUUCUAAAAACCCUUGAUGUUUUUCAAUUAGUUAUUCUUUUGUAGAGGGCAAAAUGAUCUAAGUUGGUGGUCAUUUCGACCAUUGAGCACAGUCUUUUUCAAUCAUUUGAAAAGUUAAAGUUGAUUAAAUAGCUAACUGCAACAUUUUCUACUUCAUUAAUCGUUAAAUACAGUAUUUGACUAGUGAUACAAAUAUCUCAACACAUAUGGUUUAGAUGCCUCGUGACUAGUUUUUGGUUAUAUAUAUAUUUAAAUCGAAUUUGAUCAGUAUAAAAAUUAUUUUGAAAAAAACAAUUUUAUCAUAUAAUAUAUGAUUUAUAUGUAUGUGAAAUUAUUACGUUCCCGAUUAAUUAUACACUACAAAUUUAGUUUGUGAGUUGGACCAUUUAAAUAAUAAAAUCAUUAUACGAGAAUAUCUCGUAAUCAAUAAUGGAUUAAAAAUGUUUUAUAAAGACACUUUAUCAACUUCGAUUUUUCUUCCUCGUUUAAAUAAUUGAAUAUAACCUCUCCCACUUAGUUUUCCACAUAAAAAGACAAUAGUUUUGCCUGCCUACACCCGAGUGGAAAAAAAAAAAGAGAAUCUUAUACUUUCCGAAGUAUUAUCACCAUAAAAAUCUACAUAGAAAAAUAAAACAACAUAACAACGACAUCAUUCUUUCAUUAUUAUAUCAAAAAACCUAACCCACUUUCAUUAUUGUUCCCAUUGCAAACCAAUUUGCUUCCUUGAAUGGCAAGUCUUUUCUCUUCACCUCUCACCUCACGUUCUCUCUCUCUUCUCAUCAACCUCUUCUUCAUCUUCCUCAUCUAUCUCCAUUUCUCUUCACCAAAUCCUCCUCACUCUGGAUCCAUCAAACACCUGAACUCUCUCGCCGGCGGUGACAGCUGCAGCGAAGGACUCGCCGCCCUUGACGACCACCGUUCCAAGUGUUCUUACAUUAGCUCUCAAUCAAAAUGUGGCCAACAGGGUUACAUAGAUUAUCUCAAGAUCUUCUUCUGUGUGUUCGGAGAAUCCCCUGUUUUGGGCCAUCUAGUUUUAUCCAUCUGGUUGUUUGUUCUGUUCUACUUGCUCGGAGACACGGCCGCGAGUUACUUCUGUCCUUCUUUGGACAGCUUGUCUAAGGUCUUGAAGCUGUCUCCCACCAUGGCUGGAGUUACGCUUCUCUCUCUCGGAAACGGUGCGCCGGAUUUGUUCUCAAGCGUUGUCUCUUUCACGAGGUCGAAUAAUGGUGACUUUGGGCUCAACUCUGUUUUAGGCGGUGCGUUCUUCGUCUCUAGCUUCGUUGUCGGGACGAUUUGUUUGUUGAUUGGGUCUAGAGAUGUCUCUAUCGACAAGUACAGCUUUAUCCGCGACGUGGUUUUCCUUCUGGUCGCUCUUUGUUGUCUCGGUCUGAUCGUUUUCGUCGGCAGAGUAACCAUUUGGGUCGCGCUUUGUUACAUCUCCAUCUAUCUCCUCUAUGUAGGGUUCUUAUCUGCUUCGCAUUUCUUGGAUCGCAAGAAACCUUUAUCCGAUCAGAUUCUUCGUACUAAAGAGGAUUUAGCCGAGAUGGGCGUCCCAUUCCUCGGCUAUAUCGAUGAGGAGAAGCCGCUACCGCCGCAGAAAGUUGUUCAAGAAUCAAGAACUCAAGAACAAGAAUUCAAGAUUGUGAUUCUUGAUUUGCCACCAAAGCAGCCGUCUUGCUUCUCGGUGCUAGUGAGCAUCGUAGGACUACCUCUAUAUCUCCCCCGUCGGCUCACCAUCCCCGUGGUCAGUGAAGAGAAGUGGUCAAGGCCUUGCGCGGUUGUUUCCACAGCCAUCGCGCCUGUUCUACUAACCGAACUUUAUUGUUCUCAUUACAGCGGGUCCAAAAGAAGCCUAACACUGUACAUAAUCUCUGGAAUAAUCGGAUUAUUCUUUUGUAUCAUAGCCUACUUGACGACGGAAAAGUCUCGGCCACCAAAAAAAUUCUCACUAGUUUGGCUUCUAGGCGGCUUCACAAUGAGUGUGACAUGGACAUACAUCAUAGCACAAGAGCUAGUCUCAUUGUUAAUAUCUUUAGGGAAUAUCUUUGGUAUUAGUCCUUCCGUGUUAGGACUAACCGUCCUCGCUUGGGGCAAUUCUCUAGGCGAUUUGAUAGCCAACGUGACCGUGGCGGUCCAUGGAGGCAAGGACGGUGCGCAGAUAGCACUUUCCGGGUGCUAUGCGGGUCCGCUAUUCAACACGGUUAUUGGACUAGGCGUGCCACUUGUCAUAACUUCUUUGGCUGAAUAUCCCGGGGUCUAUAUCAUUCCAAGUGACAAUUCGUUGCUUGAGACACUAGGGUUCUUAAUGGUAGGCUUGCUUUGGGCACUUGUGAUAAUGCCAAAGAAGAAGAUGAGGCUUGAUCGGCUUGUCGGUGGAGGGUUACUAGCUAUUUACCUAUGUUUCUUGUUCUUGAGAUUGGCUAGGGUUUUCGGAGUGCUUGAUAUCGACCGGUGAAGUUUAAAGUCUUUGUGAAUUUUGUAAUAGUUGAUUGUUAAAGAAGAAAUUUGCAAAUAGAUUAAAGUUGUGGGUCUUAUUAGUCCAUAAAUUUUAUUUAUUGUGAAUACUAUUGAGAGGGAUGGCUAACUUUGUUUGUUGGUGAACAUUCAUUAUCUGUCAAACUUAGUACCUCACUAGAAUUAAGAAAGUAUUGGCAUGUUGUUCCAGGUUCA